GCUCUGGGACCCUCUGCCGUGGACUCCAGGUUCCUCCUGUGGGCGCCAGCGAGGGAAAAAUGCCCCGCGGCCGGAGCCCGCGGGCGGCUGCCGGGGCGUCCUAGCCCGGGCUCGGGGACGCUCCCUCUGCGCGGCCGGCGGCGGGAAGACUGGACGGCGGGCUCGCUCCCCUCCCGGGGACAUGGGGAAGCCAUAGGGGCGGGGAGGCGGCAGGACUGGCGGCCGCCGCUGCCCCGCGUCCGCCCCGAGCCCCCAGCCGGCGCCUUGAUGCUCCUCGCCCCGGCGGCACAAAUAUGAUGAAAUGGCAGCCCCGGAAGAAGGCAUACUUCCGACAGGGUGUUGCCCUCCAGUACCUAGGACGUCAUGCCGAUGCCCUGGCGGCCUUUGCAUCCGGACUGGCUCAAGACCCCAAGAGUCUCCAGCUUCUUGUGGGGAUGGUAGAAGCCGCCAUGAAGUCUCCUAUGAGAGAUUCCCUGGAGCCCACUUAUCAGCAGCUUCAGAAGAUGAAACUGGACAAGAGUCCCUUUGUGGUUGUGUCUGUAGUGGGGCAGGAACUCCUGACAGCUGGCCACCAUGGCGCCUCAGUGGUUGUCCUAGAAGCUGCUCUGAAAAUUGGCACCUGCAGCCUCAAGCUGAGAGGCUCCGUCUUCUCUGCCCUGAGCAGCGCUUACUGGUCUCUUGGAAACACAGAGAAGAGCACUGGGUACAUGCAGCAGGAUUUGGAUGUAGCCAAGACCUUAGGUGACCAGACAGGAGAAUGCCGAGCUCAUGGAAAUCUGGGCUCUGCAUUCUUCUCCAAAGGAAAUUACCGGGAGGCUCUCACAAACCACAGGCAUCAGUUGGUGCUUGCCAUGAAGCUCAAGGACCGGGAGGCAGCUUCAUCAGCCCUGAGCAGUCUGGGCCAUGUAUACACAGCCAUUGGAGACUAUCCCAAUGCCCUUGCCAGUCACAAACAGUGUGUUCUUCUUGCCAAGCAAUCCAAAGACGAACUUUCUGAAGCCCGAGAACUUGGCAACAUGGGGGCUGUGUAUAUCGCCAUGGGAGACUUUGAGAAUGCUGUGCAGUGCCAUGAACAGCACCUGAAGAUAGCCAAGGACUUGGGGAAUAAGCGAGAGGAGGCCCGUGCCUACAGCAACCUGGGCAGUGCCUACCACUACCGGAGGAACUUUGACAAGGCCAUGUCUUACCACAACUAUGUGCUAGAGCUGGCACAGGAGCUGAUGGAGAAGGCCAUUGAGAUGCGGGCCUAUGCCGGCCUGGGCCAUGCUGCCAGAUGCAUGCAGGACCUCGAGAGGGCGAGGCAGUACCAUGAACGGCAACUGGGCAUCGCUGAGGACCUCAAGGAUCGGGCUGCAGAGGGGCGCGCAUCCUCCAAUCUGGGUAUCAUCUACCAGAUGAAGGGUGAUUAUGAUGCUGCCCUGAAACUCCACAAGACACACCUGUGCAUCGCACAGGAGCUGAGUGAUUACGCUGCCCAGGGCCGCGCCUACGGGAACAUGGGCAAUGCCUACAAUGCCCUGGGCAUGUAUGACCAGGCCGUGAAGUACCACCGACAGGAGCUGCAGAUCUCCAUGGAGGUGAAUGAUCGGGCCUCACAGGCUUCCACACACGGCAACCUGGCUGUGGCCUACCAGGCCCUGGGCGCCCAUGACCGGGCCCUGCAGCACUAUCAGAACCACUUGAACAUCGCCCGGGAGCUGCGAGACAUCCAGAGCGAGGCUAGGGCCCUCAGCAACCUGGGAAACUUCCACUGCUCUCGGGGGGAGUAUGUCCAGGCUGCCCCCUAUUACGAGCAGUACCUGCGGCUGGCUCCAGACCUGCAGGACAUGGAAGGAGAAGGGAAGGUCUGUCACAAUCUUGGCUAUGCCCAUUACUGCCUUGGAAACUACCAGGAGGCAGUGAAGUACUACGAACAGGACCUGGCACUGGCCAAAGACCUUCAUGACAAAUUGAGCCAAGCGAAAGCCUACUGCAACCUGGGCCUGGCAUUUAAAGCUCUGCUGAAUUUCAGCAAAGCUGAGGAGUGUCAGAAGUACCUGUUGUCCCUUGCCCAGUCCUUGAAUAAUUCCCAGGCUAAAUUUCGAGCCUUAGGGAACCUGGGCGAUAUAUUCAUCUGUAAAAAAGAUAUAAAUGGUGCAAUAAAAUUCUAUGAGCAACAGCUGGGCCUAGCUCACCACGUGAAGGACAGAAGGCUGGAGGCCAGUGCAUAUGCCGCCCUGGGCACUGCUUACCGGAUGGUCCAGAAGUACGACAAAGCCUUGGGGUAUCACACGCAGGAACUGGAGGUCUAUCAGGAGCUGAGCGACUUGACGGGCGAGUGCCGGGCUCAUGGGCACCUGGCUGCUGUCUACAUGGCCCUUGGGAAAUACACCAUGGCAUUCAAGUGUUACGAAGAGCAGCUGGAUCUGGGGCAGAAGCUGAAGGACCCGAGCCUGGAGGCCCAGGUCUACGGCAACAUGGGCAUCACAAAGAUGAACAUGAACGUGAUGGAGGAUGCCAUCGGCUACUUCGAGCAGCAGCUGGCCAUGCUGCAGCAGCUCAGUGGGAAUGAGUCGGUGCUGGAUAGGGGCCGAGCCUACGGCAAUCUGGGGGAUUGCUACGAGGCCCUAGGGGACUACGAGGAGGCCAUCAAGUACUAUGAGCAGUAUCUGUCAGUGGCCCAGAGUCUGAAUCGCAUGCAAGACCAAGCCAAGGCCUACCGGGGUCUAGGGAACGGACACAGGGCAAUGGGGAGCUUGCAGCAAGCCCUUGUGUGCUUCGAGAAGAGGCUUGUGGUCACCCACGAGCUCGGAGAGGCCUUCAAUAAAGCCCAGGCCUAUGGAGAGCUGGGCAGUCUACACAGCCAAUUAGGGAAUUAUGAACAAGCCAUUUCCUGCCUUGAACGUCAGCUGAACAUUGCGCGAGAGAUGAAGGACCGAGCCCUGGAGAGUGACGCGGCCUGCGGCCUGGGAGGUGUCUACCAGCAGAUGGGGGAGUACGACACAGCCCUGCAGUAUCACCAGCUUGACCUACAGAUAGCAGAGGAAACCAACAACCCGACAUGCCAGGGCCGAGCCUAUGGGAACCUGGGCCUGACCUACGAGUCCCUGGGCACCUUCGAGAGGGCUGUGGUCUAUCAAGAACAACACCUGAGCAUCGCCGCACAGAUGAACGACCUGGUGGCCAAGACAGUGUCCUAUAGCAGCCUCGGAAGGACCCACCAUGCCUUGCAGAACUAUUCCCAGGCAGUCAUGUACCUGCAGGAAGGUUUAAGGUUAGCUGAACAACUGGGCCGAAGAGAAGAUGAGGCAAAAAUUCGCCAUGGUCUUGGCCUCUCCCUUUGGGCUAGUGGAAACCUGGAAGAGGCCCAACACCAGCUGUACAGAGCAUCCGCUUUGUUUGAAACCAUCCGGCACGAGGCGCAGCUGAGCACCGACUACAAACUCUCCCUGUUCGACCUGCAGACAUCAUCCUACCAGGCCCUGCAGCGGGUGCUCGUCAGCCUAGGCCACCACGAUGAAGCCCUGGCUGUGGCAGAAAGGGGUCGGACAAGGGCGUUUGCUGAUCUUCUGGUGGAACGACAAACAGGACAACAGGACUCAGACCCCUACUCCCCAGUCACCAUCGACCAGAUCCUAGAAAUGGUUAACGGGCAGCGGGGCCUCGUGCUCUACUACUCCCUGGCUGCAGGCUACUUGUACAGCUGGCUGCUUGCUCCUGGGGCAGGAAUUCUGAAGUUUCAUGAACACUACCUGGGUGAUAACACGACAGAGAACCCCAGUGACUUCCAGGCAGGCAGCAGCGGGACCCUUCCACCAGCCACCAGCUCAGCCCUGGAGCAUCACAUCACCAGUGUCCGUGAGGCCCUGGGGGUAGAGUCUUACUACUCCAGGGCCUGUGCCAGCAGUGAGACGGAGAGCGAGGCCGGAGACAUCAUGGACCAGCAGUUCGAAGAGAUGAUCAACAAGCUCAACUCGGUGACCGACCCCACUGGCUUCCUGCGCAUGGUGCGGCGCAACAACCUCUACAACAGGAGCUGCCAGAGCAUGACGAGCCUGUUGAGCAACACUGCCUCGCCCAGCAAGGACGGGCCCUCCUCCCUCCCCAGGAGGCCGAGCGCGCUGGCCAAGGCGCCGCUCCGCGCCCUCUACGACCUGCUCAUCGCGCCCAUGGAAGGGGGCCUGAUGCACUCGAGCGGCCCGGUGGGCCGGCACCGGCAGCUGGUCCUGGUCCUGGAGGGGGAGCUCUACCUCAUCCCCUUCGCCCUCCUCAAGGGCAGCGCCUCCAACGAGUACCUGUACGAGCGCUUCGCCCUCAUCGCCGUGCCCGCCAUCCGCUCGCUGGGCCCCCACUCCAAGGGCCACCUGAGGAAGACCCCGCCCACCUACUCCAGCUCCUCCUCCAUGGCGGCCGUCAUCGGCAACCCCAAGCUCCCGUCGGCGGUGAUGGACCGGUGGCUGUGGGGGCCGAUGCCCUCGGCGGAGGAGGAGGCCUACAUGGUUUCCGAGCUGCUGGGCUGUCAGCCCCUGGUGGGCAGCAUGGCCACCAAGGAGAGGGUCAUGAGCGCCCUCACCCAGGCUGAGUGCGUCCACUUCGCCACCCACAUCUCCUGGAAACUCUCCGCCUUGGUGCUCACCCCCAGCGUGGACGGCAACCCUGCCGGGAGCAAGAGCUCCUUCGGCCACCCCUACACCAUCCCCGAGUCGUUGCGGGUGCAGGAUGACGCCAGCGAUGCGGAGAGCAUCUCGGACUGCCCGCCCCUGCGGGAGCUGCUGCUCACGGCCGCCGACCUCCUGGACCUGCGGCUGCCUGUGAAGCUGGUGGUGCUCGGGUCCCCGCAGGAGGCCAACGGCCGGGUCACAGCCGAUGGGGUGGUGGCGCUGACACGGGCCUUCCUGGCUGCCGGUGCCCAGUGUGUGCUGGUGGCUCUGUGGCCGGUGCCCGUGGCCGCUUCCAAGAUGUUCAUCCAUGCCUUCUACUCCUCUCUGCUGAACGGCCUGAAGGCCAGCGCGGCCCUGGGCGAGGCCAUGAAGGUGGUGCAGAGCAGCAAGGCCUUCUCCCACCCCUCCAACUGGGCAGGCUUCAUGCUCAUUGGGAGCGAUGUGAAGCUUAACAGCCCCUCGUCACUCAUCGGCCAGGCGCUCACAGAGAUCCUGCAGCACCCCGAGCGGGCCCGAGAUGCUCUGCGUGUGCUGCUGCACCUGGUGGAGAAGUCCCUGCAGCGGGUCCAGAACGGGCAGCGCAACGCCAUGUACACAUCCCAGCAGAGCGUGGAGAACAAAGUGGGUGCCGUCCCCGGCUGGCGGGCCCUGCUCACUGCCGUGGGCUUCCGCCUCGACCCCCCGGCCAGCGGCCUGCCAGCGGCCGUCUUCUUCCCAACCUCAGACCCAGGCGAGCGGCUGCAGCAGUGUAGCAGCACCCUGCAGGCCCUGCUGGGUCUGCCCACUCCUGCCCUCCACGCGCUGUGCAAGCUCAUCACGGCCUCGGAGACGGGCGAGCAGCUCAUCAGCCGGCUUCACCAGGUGCUGGUCCAGCUCCAGGCCGGGGAGAAGGAGCAAGACUUCGCAUCGGCGCCCAUCCAGGUGUCCAUCAGCGUCCAGCUGUGGCGGCUCCCGGGGUGCCAUGAGUUCUUGGCCGCUCUUGGCUUUGACCUCUGUGAAGUGGGCCAGGAAGAAGUCAUCCUGAAGACCGGGAAGCAAGCCAACCGACGGACCAUGCACUUCGCACUGCAGGCCCUGCUGUCCCUCUUUGAUUCCACAGAGCUCCCUAAGCGCCUCAGCCUCGACAGCUCGUCCUCCCUGGAGUCCCUGGCAUCGGCCCAGUCUGUGUCCAAUACCCUGCCCCUGGGCUACCAGCACCCCCCCUUCUCCCCCACGGGGGUGGAGAGCAUCGCCUCCGACGCCAUCUCCGUGUACAGCCUGAGCUCCAUCGCCUCCUCCAUGAGCUUCGUCUCCAAACCUGAGGGCGGCUCAGAGGGCGGGGGCCCCCGAGCACGGCAGGACCACGACAGACCCAAGGCAGCGUUCCCGCAGCGGGCGACCCUGCCGCGGCGCCAGCUGUCCCCCCAGGCCCGGCCUGCCGGCGGCGGCGACAAAGACGAGGAGGAGUAUGAGGGCUUCUCCAUCAUCAGCACGGAGCCCCUGGACCCCAAGCAGCCCCGAGCUGGUGCAGCAGGAGGCAUGAAGGUCUCGGUCAGCUCCAAGGGGAGCAUCAGCACCCCCAAUUCCCCCGUGAAGAUGACUCUGAUCCCCAGCCCCAACUCACCCUUCCAGAAAGUGGGCAAACUGGCCAGCUCGGACACCGGCGAGUCUGACCAGUCCAGCACCGAGACUGACAGCACCGUGAAGUCCCAGGAGGACAGCGCCAAGCUGGACCCCCAGGAGCUGGCCCAGAGGAUCCUGGAGGAGACCCAGAGCCACCUGCUGGCCGUGGAGCGGCUGCAGCGGAGCGGGGGCCCAGAGCGGGAGGAGGGCGGCCCGGCGCCCAGCGGCGCCACCGUCUUCCGCGCGUCGGAAACCAGCGCCUUCAGCAGGCCUGUCCUCUCCCACCAGAAGAGCCAGGCGUCCCCUGUCCCUGUCAAGCCAAAGCCCCCGGCCCGGAGCUCGUCCCUCCCCAAGGUGAGCUCCGGGUACAGCAGCCCCGCCCCCUCGGAGCCGUCCAGCAAGGACCAGAGCCCGGCCAGCGGGCGCCCGUCGCCCGGCUGUGACACCCCAGCGUCGCUGACAGAGCCGCCGCUCUUUCGGCUCAAGUACCCCAGCUCCCCAUACAGUGCUCACAUUUCUCAGUCACCCCGGAACGUGUCCCCCUGCUCAGGACCCCAGUCCCCGGCCUGCAGCGCUCCGUCCCCCGCGCUCUCCUACUCCUCCACCGGCUCCGCCCGCUCCAGCCCAGCCGACGCCCCCGACACCGACAAGCGGAAGCUGGCGGCCAUCGACGAGAAGGUGCAGGCCGUGCACAACCUGAAGAUGUUCUGGCAGAGUGCUCCCCAGCACCCCACCGGCCCCAUGAGAAUAUUCCGUGGCGCGCCGGGCACCCUGACCUCCAGGAGAGAUGUCCUGAGCCUACUCAACCUCUCGCCCCGGCACAAUAAGAAGGAGGAGAGCGUGGACAAGCUGGAGCUCAAGGAGCUGUCUCUGCAGCCCUGCAGUGAGGCGCCCCCCAAAGUCCCUGCCAACGGCCACUGGCGCCCCGAGACCUCCGCACUCCCCCUGCCCAGCGGGCCCCCCGCGGCGGCCCCCACUCGCCCUCUGAGACUGCCCACCGCCAACGGCUACAAGUUCCUGUCCCCCGGGCGCUUCUUCCCCUCUUCCAAGUGCUAAGUCCCCCCC